AUGGUGCGAGAGGAGGUGGUGGGUGCGGGGAUCCUGGAGUUGCGGGAAGUGCGCCCCACGCCUGAGGCCUUAAUCGACGCCACCCAGGGCGGCUACUGGCCAGGCAUUGGCAAGGCAUGGGGCGUUGUGCGUGAUUCGCUGUUCCUGUGGAGCCCUGGCGAGAGUCCGACUGUUGCGAAAGAAGUGAAGCUCCGAGCCGACGUCACGGCUGUUGCAGUCGUGGAGACGUUCUCUAAAGCGGUCGCAAAUGCCGUCGUGGUGGCGACAACCUCGCAGGUCUGGCUUGUGGAAGCGUGGGACGAUGCACACCUCGUGGCAACUGCCACAAUUGAUACUGAAUGGACUGUUAGGGCCAUCGCCACCCUUCCAGGGACUGAUCGCAUCUUCUGUGGCGCUGACGAUGGCCAUGUGUAUGAGUUAAUUGUCCACAGCCGGGCGGGUCUGGAGCCACUGAGGCAACUGCAGAUGGUGUGCCACACACGGAGCUGGAUGGACCCUCUGCUGAAAAUUGUGCACAAAGUACACGGAGGGGUUGUUCAGUUGAUGGCUGACACAGAGCGAAGCAUCUUGGUGUCGCUGCACAACGAUGGCGAAAUUCAGGCAUUUGAUCUUGGGCAUGACAACAGGAAGCGGCCAACAAGAGUGGGAACCAUUUGUCCUGUGGCCAAGGUUGAUCCUGCAGAGCAAGCAGUUGUCAUGUGCAGAAUCCGUAAGUAA